AUGAGGUUCAUCCUUCCUGUGGGUUUGAUCGCUACAACCCUUGCGAUUGCUCCUGUCCGUUUUGACAGGGAGAAGGUGAUCCGUGUGAAGCCCCAGGAUGAAAAACAAGCAAACAUCAUAAAGGACUUAGCCAAAACCAAUGAGUUUGACUUCUGGUAUCCAGAUGCCAUUCACUACGUAGCUGCUAACGUGACGGUGGAUUUCCGAGUUAGUGAGAAGGAAUCCCAAUCCAUCCAGUCUGCCUUGGAUUAAAAUAAAAUGCACUAUAAAAUCCUGAUUCAUGAUCUACAAGAAGAGAUUGAGAAACAAUUUGAUGUUAAAGAUAUCCCAAGCAGGCACAGCUAUGCAAAAUACAAUAACUGGGAAAAGAUUGUGGCUUGGACUGAAAAAAUGGUGGCUAAGCAUCCCGAAAUGAUCUCUCGUAUUAAAAUUGGAUCUACUAUUGAAGAUAAUCCACUAUAUGUUCUCAAGAUUGGGAAAGGAGAUAAAAGAAGAAAGUUUGUUUUUAUGGAUUGUGGCAUUCAUGCACAGGAAUGGGUCUCCCCAGCAUUCUGCCAGUGGUUUGUCUACCAGGCAACCAAAACUUAUGGAAAAGACAAAAUUAUGACCAAACUCUUGGACCAAAUGAAUUUUUAUGUUCUUCCUGUGUUCAACGUUGAUGGAUACAUUUGGUCAUGGACAAAGAACUGCAUGUGGAGAAAAAAUCGUUCCAAGAACAAAAACUCCAAAUGCAUCGGCACUGACCUCAACCGCAAUUUUAAUGCUUCAUGGAACUCCUUUCCUGACACCAAAAACCCAUGUAAGGAGACGUAUAAGGGCCCCACACCGGAGUCCGAGAAAGAGACAAAAGCUGUCAUUGACUUCAUUAGAAGCCACCUGAAAUCAAUCAAGGUUUACAUCACCUUCCAUUCCUACUCCCAGAUGCUAUUGUUUCCUUAUGGAUAUACAUCAAAACUGCCACCCAACCACAAAGACUUGGCCAAAGUUGCAAAGAUUGCUACUGAUGUUUUAUCAACUCAAUAUGAAACCCGCUACAUCUAUGGCCCAAUAAAAUCAACAAUUUACCCAAUAUCCAGUUCUUCUUCAGACUGGGCUUACGACCUGGGCAUCAAAUACACAUUUGCCUUUGAGCUCCGAGAUAAAGGCAAAUUUGGUUUUCUCCUUGCAGAAUCUCAGAUAAAACCAACCUGUAAAGAGACUAUGCUAGCUGUCAAAUUUAUUGCUAAGUAUAUCCUUAAGCAUACUUCCUAG